AUAUAGCAUAAUUGUUAACCAUUGCUCUUUUGUGAAUGCUUUUUGACUCAGGGCGGAAGCGGCCUCUGAGUCCAUCUCAGACUGAACCUGGUGUUGUUCUGAGACGGCGAGGAGAGGAAACUGGCCUCGAGGCCUUUUUGCGUGCGCGCUCCAAAAAUACACAGCCUCAGGAAGGGUCCUGGAGGAAUUCCCAGCAUGUCACUAAUUCUCAUACUUCUGGUAAUGAAGUUUACAAGCGAACGUUGUUUACAGAGGUAGCUUAUCAAGGUCGGACUGAAAAACAUAUUGCAGAUAAAGAGAAUUUUCAUAAUCAUAAUGGUACAAACAAAAGCGGCAAUUCCGAUUCAAGCUUGACAUUCGAACAGACAAUGCAUGAUGUUCACGCCUCUGUUCAUCAUCAAAAAAAUUCAGGGAGUGAGGACUAUGCUUUCACGUGUGCUGCAAGACAAUCAUCUAACCUUGGACAUCAAACACCCCUUAAUUGCAUGCUACGAAAAGGAUUCGAAAAUGAAACCAGAAACAUUAUGGACCAUAACAUGUCGCGGUCAGAAGUGCUGACUAGCGAAGGAGUCCCUGAAAAGCCGAAAAGAAGGACAAGUAAACACAGCAUGAUUCCCUCUCUGGUGCAUGCUAAUGUGUUUUCUUCAAGUCAUAGGGUGCCGUUGUCGGAAGUUGAUUUAAACCGGACAUCAACACAUCAAAUGCAGGGUUGUUCAAGCAAUGCAUCUCAUUCAACUAUUGAAGAUCCAGUUUGUAUUCAAAGACGCCGUGGUCCAAGUGUUGCUACCACAAUUAAGAACAGACAAAGCCACAAUGUACAUGAGCAGACAGACGGAAAUCCUGUUAAAAAUUUGAAUAAAGAAUUCGAGGAUGCUGCUGAUAGCACUUUCUCUGACGGUGAAGAUUUCGAGCAAGAUGAAGAGGAUGACCAUACUCCUAACCUCAACAUGUGGAAUCAGUAUAUGGAUCUUGGUCCUCCCAAUGUUACAUGUUCAAAGUGUGGUUCUCUUAUGUGGAAUGUGGAGAGAAAUAACAAGUCUAGUAAGGGUAGUCAACCAACAUUUUCGCUGUGUUGUCGGAAUGGACAAGUAGUCCUCCCUAAGGAGAAAAAGGCUCCCGAGCCUCUUCAGUCAUUGUUCACGUCUGAUCGGAGGUCCAAGAAUUUCAAAAAAAAUAUCAGAGUUUAUAAUGCCAUGUUUGCAAUGUCCUCCAGUGGGGGUAGGGUUGACCACAAAAUCAAUCGCGGUGGUGCUCCUUAUUGUUUCAAAAUUAGAGGCAUGAACCUUCACUUUAUGGGAAGCCUACUACCGUUGGAGGGAGAAGCGCCGAAAUUCUGUCAGUUGUACAUCUACGACACUGAAAAUGAGUUAAAUAACAGGCUUAAUGCCUUUGGUGAUAAUGUCAGUGAAGAUAUUGAUGAAAGUAUUGUUGAGGAAUUACAGGGAAUGCUUCAUACACAUAAUAACUUGGUAAGACAAUUCCACACAGCUAGGGAACGUUUCAAGUCUGGCGAGCAAGAUGAGUUCAGGUUGGUUUUGGUUUCUUCCCAAGCAGCAAAUGGAAGGCCAAACAAUGUUGGUCCCUCCAAUGAAGUUGGUGGUUUAGUUGUUAAUCAAAACGAGGACACGUCUGGCUUCAGGGACACAGUUGUGGAGACGCGACAUAAGGAGUUGAAGAGAGUUUGGGAAACAGAUGUCUAUUUUAUGCAGCUUCAGUAUCCUUUGUUAUUUCCUUUGGGAGAAGACGGAUUCCAUACGAAAAUCAAAUUGGUGAAAAAUAAGCAGACUCAAAGGCCAGUUAGCGAAAACAGUGGAGAGUUUGGGGAUAUAGAUGGUGGAAAAAGCAGCGUGACCACGUAUCAAUGAUGGAGUAUUACUCCUACAAACUCAUGAUACGCCCGAGUGAAGGACUGACGCCUCAUAUGGGUGGCAGAUUGUGGCAGCAGUACGUUGUUGAUGCCUUCACCGCAAUUGAGCAGUAUAGACUUGACUGGAUAAGCGGGAAUCAAACAACCAUUCGUUCUGAUCUUUACACUUCUGUGCGUGAUGCGGUCAGGAAAGGUGACAAUGACCCGAGUCAGGUUGGUAAGUGUGUUAUACUACCGGCUUCAUUUACAGGAUCACAGCGAUAUAUGUCACAAUACUUCAAAGAUGCACUGGCUUUGUGUCGCACAAUUGCACAUCCUUCACUAUUUCUCACGAUGACCUGUAAUACCAAAUGGCCUGAGAUAACUGAAAUGAUGAAGCACGUGCCUGGCGUAAAGGCUUCUGAUGCUCCUGAUGUCAUUGCGCGAGUCUUCAAAAUGAAACUUGAUCAGCUAAUAGAUCUUAUAAAGAAGAAGAAUUAUUUCGGCCGCUGUAUAGGCUUCAUGCACGUCAUUGAGUUCCAGAAACGUGGUCUUCCACAUGCACAUAUGUUGGUAUGGUUACACCCAAACGACAAGCCAAAGAGUCCUGCACAAAUUGAUAAAUUGGUUUCCGCCGAGAUUCCUGAUAAAGACGUUG